AUGGUCAAGUUUUCGCCUCCAUCUAGAUGGAUUGUGAUCUUGUGCAGCUUUUCCCUUUCACUUGCAGGCCCUGUUCAAAUCCCUAACCUAAAGGUCCCCGCAAGUGCUGCUGCUAAUCAACAAGCUGUGAAGGAUAUUUUCCUGCAAAGUUACAGCGCAUACAGUGAGUUUGCAUUUGGGCAUGACUCCUUGCUUCCUGUGAGUAAGGGUUUUGUGGAUGAUCGAAAUGGUUGGGGUGCCACCAUUGCUGAUGCUAUGGGCACAAUGGUAUGUUUUUCAGAUCUGUUCGAGCAAGCUCUGGACUUCGUUUCCAAAGUUGAUUUUAGUCAAUCGAACACCCCGAGCUCUGUCAGUCUUUUUGAAACAAGCAUUCGUUACGUGGGUGGAAUGAUCAGCGCCUACGAGCUGAGCGGGAAACAACACCAGAUUCUCGUGCAACAAGCCCAACAACUGGUGGAUAAGAUGGUUUUCGCUUGGGCAGACCCGAAUCAGACAAUUCCGUUUGGAGAAAUUUUCUUUGCAAACAAUUCACCCAUCGCAGCUGUCAAUAACGUGGCUGAAGCAGGGACUCUCGACGUAGAAUGGUCUCGAGUUACUCUUUACACAGGUAACCAGCUCUACACAAACUUGUCAGAGGGUUCCGUUCGAACCAUAGCUAAUUUGCCAAGUCCCUUCCCAGGCUUACCACCCCAACUUGUUGACCCAACGGAUGAUAUGUUCGUAGACGCCUUCCUCACAUGGGGAGGAGGGACUGAUAGUUACCUCGAAUACUUGAUCAAGUAUGCACGAAUCACAAAUACCGACGACAAUCUCUUUGCGGACACUUGGCAUGCUGCCGUUGAUAGCUCAAUAAAAGAAUUAUUAAGGACUUCCACGAUUGGGGACCAUACUUACCUUGCUGAUUGGAAUGCUGGGGAAAUCCUUCUCGAGGGAUCGCAUUUAGCGUGUUUUCAUGGUGGAAAUUGGAUCCUUGGGGGGAAGCUUUUGAACAACCAAACGAUUGUUGACAUCGGACUGGAGCUUGUGGAAGCAUGCUGGAAUACAUACGCCAGCACAGAGACGGGAAUUGGUCCUGAAACAUUCAGUUUUAUGGCUCCUGACGGGGACUUCACUCAACCAGACGCUCAGCAAUUGGCGUUCAAUAGUGAACAUGGUUUCUGGAUCACUACAUCCGAUUAUAUACAACGGCCUGAAGUGCUUGAAUCAAACUUCUACGCUUGGCGUGCCACUGGCGACACAAAAUAUCUAGACCGUGCUGCGAGUGCUGUCGAAAGCUUCCGAAAAUUCUUGGUUGCGAAUGAGACAAAUGGAUUUGCGGGUUUGAAUGACGUGAAUGAUUUCACUGCAGGGCUAGAAGAUGAUACAGAAUCAUUCUGGUUCGCUGAAGUAUUGAAGUACCUCUUCCUCACAUUCGACGAUCCUGAAAACAUCAGUUUGGAUAAUUUUGUUUUCAAUACAGAAGGCCAAGUAUUUGAAGCUCCUCCAGCUAAAGCUGUCUACGGUAGCGGUACACCUAUAGCAGCCUCUGGUCAAUUUCACACCAAGACGUCUGAUGCGCUACCACUACCAGUGAUCAGUCCGGAUCCACUGGUGACUAUUAAGCCUGGUCCUAUGAACGGGCAAUAGUGUUAGAGAAAUAAACGUAGUACUUUUACCAGUACUAGUCUUCUUCAAUGAUGGAUCCUCCGAUUGUUGUAUACUUUUUCUGCUAUAAAUUGUUUCUAAGUUGGCCAGUAUACAAAGUUGCCACAACCACCAGGAUGUGGACGAGCGAUUCGAAGAGAGGAAGUAUUAUUCCCAGCCGACAUGGAGAUUCCUAAUGACACUACUGUGCUGUCUAUUGAUACAAAAUGCGAAUGUGUAUGUACGAGUCUGUAUGAAUGUCAGAUAAAGUCCGUCACAACAGUUGAGUAUAGCAGUACAAGAAGAGGAUGAGCCACUAU